UAGUUUGAAAAUGAACAUCUUUUGGAUUGCUGUGCUGUUGCUGCUAAGUAAACUCUAUUUUAUUUCAGUUGAAAUCAUUACCUAUAAGACGAAAUGGCCUUUUCACGUGGCUCGCAAAUCGUUUCCCAAGCCAACAAGCUCGCCAAACUAUUGCAUGUCGCAGCUCUGCCCAAAGAAAGUUCGCCACCUUACCUGUGAUACGAAAUUUUGGGGUCCCAAGUGUGGGAAAAGCCACGAGGGCGUGAAACUCAAAAAGUGCAAGAAAAAUAUUGUCCAGCUACACAAUAAGGUACGCAACCGAUUGAACGAUGGCGGAGUUUAUGGCCUGCCUCGUGCGCGAAAUAUCCCAAUGGUCAGUUGGGACGAUGAGCUGGCGGUCAUGGCGAUGCGGAUCACCAAUCAAUGCAAUCUGGAUUUUGAGAACUCAUUCUGCGUGAACACAUUCCGCUUUCCCAAUGUGGCAGAGAAUUCGGACUUUUUGGAUCUUGAGGAGUAUCCUGCCAAGGCCAUGUACUUUUUUAUAUAUAAAUGGUUCCUAUAUUACAAACAAAUUACGCCCAUUGAUGUGAGACGCUUUCCGAGAAAUGCCACCAGAAAAAUGAGAUUGUUUGCCAACAUGGUGUACAAAGGGGCCGACAAGGUCGGCUGCGGCAUGCUGAACAGUGGAUCGAAACGCUUUGUCACGUGUAUCUAUAACGAUAAAGUUAAACCGGGAAAGCGGCUCUUUUUUACCAGCCCAUAUCCAGUCAAUGUAACUUUAACCAAGCCUAAAAAUUAAAUGUCUAUCAUUCUGGCUGUCCCCCUCUACUAUAUUCUCCAUUCAAUGCAUUGCACCUUUUUCCAUUGUAUUUUAUCUCAUUGUAAUCUUUUUUCACACCUAAAUCAAUGUUGAAUCUUUUGGGGGAAAAUGUGAAUCCCUUUUUCGCUAGAAAUAUGCAAAUUUUUUGCUCAAACAAAAGAUACAAUAAAUCAAACAAUGAUGACGAGAGCACAUAUUA